AAACACAUACGCACCACACUAUCUUCUCUACCAGUUCUUCACUCUUCAGCCAUACAAAACAAACCUAUCAAGAUUGUCAAGUACACAACAAAACCAGAAACAAAGAAUUAUACAUAGAAAAAAUGUCAGUAGCAUCAUCAUCUUCUUUUCCAUGCAUCAAAUUUCGCAACCCUUUAUCUUCUUCCUCAUCUUCACCUUGUUCAUCUUCAUCAUCCACUUUUAGAUUCUCUGCAACCAAUCCUACCACCAUUUUUACGAUCAGGAACUCUCAGGCUGAAGGCCCUUUUAGAAGACCAGUGGCUCCUCCACCUGUAAAGCCAGUUCCACCAUCUCCACCACCAUCCGCACCAAUUUCGUCAACUCCGGUCACUUCUCCUCCUCCUCCGCCGCCUACGCCGACUCCAAGUGCGCGGGUGGCGGAUAAGGGUGUGAUUACUUUGGAGUUUCAGAGACAGAAGGCUAAGGAGCUGCAAGAGUAUUUCAAGAAGAAGAAGCUUGAAGAAGCUGAUCAGGGCCCUUUCUUUGGGUUCAUUGGCAAGAAUGAAAUUGCCAAUGGCAGAUGGGCAAUGUUUGGCUUUGCUGUGGGAAUGUUGACAGAGUAUGCAACAGGCUCGGACUUUGUCGAUCAAGUUAAAAUUCUCCUCUCCAACUUUGGAAUCGUAGAUCUGGACUGAAUUUUUCUUGACAUUUGAGGCUCGAACUACUGUCAAAUUUGUGGCGAAUGUUUCAGUGUAUUUGGAUUAAUUUGUUCAAUAGCUUUUGCAUUAUUCCACUUAGCAUGUGUCACAGAUAUUUCAGUCCUUCAAAAAUACAGAGCAUUUUUUUUUUCCUCGUA